ACCAUCAGCAUGGAGUCCUUGACUCAGAAUGAGAGUCACUGGACGACACUGCUCCAAGGCAUGCUUUUUGUGCCUUCGGAUACACAGGCGGAUCCGACACCGGCGGAGGAAGAAUGGAGUAACCUGGCUGACCUGAUGCUGAACGUGAUGCGGGCGGUAAUGUGGACCAAUACGAUGUUAACUGUGCAGAUACACGAGGGCAGACAGCUGCGACAGACUCAGCAGAAAGAUGUUGCAGCCUUAACAACCGCUGUUCGUGCUGCCGCCACACAUCAGCAACAACAGCAACAGCUGUUGAGCACCACUACCGCACAUGUCAACAGCAUCGAGGCUAAGGUCUCAGCAGCGCCAGGCUGCACGACACACACGGCGAAACAGCUCAGCGAGCGCAUCGACCAUGUUGUCAACCUAAUCGACGAUCCAAGUGGCUUCACCAGUCCGGCUACGAUCAGCAGCACAAUGGCCGCCUUCAAGACGGACAUCACCAAGCUGCAGUCGCAACCGGCACCAGCUGCGGAAGUCUACAAGAUGCCACAUUUCAACAUCGGCAAGUUCGAGGACUACAACAAGACCGACGCUUUGACAUGGUGGCAAGCCUUCCUCACCGAAGCGUCCUGCCACAAGGUCCCGGGCGAAGACAUGAUGAAGACACUAUACCUACAACUCAUUGGAGGUGCGCAAGUGUGGAUGAACCAUCUCGCAAUUAACAAGGGAACCACUAUCGCUGAGUUACAUAAACACCUCAUGUGGGAGGAUUUUGAACAAAUGUGGUUCACUCGAUUCAUGGUCCGCAACGUUGUGAAGGCGGCCAUGAACGAGGUCUACACUUGCUCACAGGGAAACAUGCCAACUCGAUACUGGACAAUCAAGUGGCAGAAGAUAGUGACCACGCCAGGCUUCGAUUUGAGCAUUCGUCCCUUAGCGGACAAGAUCCAAGCCAUCGUGGAUUGGCCGGAACCCCGUUGCACGACGGAUGUACGCUCUUUCAUGGGUUUGGCUGGAUAUUAUCAGCGAUUCGUCGAGUCAUACUCAAAAGUGGCCGCUCCUUUGUCGAGACUUCAGUCCCCAAAGGUCCCCUUCGAGUUUGACGACGCAGCCCGUGGCGCGUUCACUACGUUGAAGGCAGCGAUGCAAGCCGCACCUGCCCUCCGUAUAUACGAUCCCACCCUUCCCACCCAAGUGACUACGGACGCUUCGGGAUACGGCAUUGGUGCGGUGUUGGAACAGUGUCACGAGGACGGUUGGCAUCCGGUCGAGUACUUCUCCCAAAAGGUGCCUCUCGUCAACACUCUCGACGAUGCUAGGAAGAAAGAGAUACUCGCGUUCGUCACCGUUCUCAAACGGUGGCGCCACUUUCUUCUCGGUCGUCGGCAUUUUAAAUGGAAUACGGACAACAAUCCGUUGACCUUUUAUAAAACGCAGGAUACAGUCAAUAGCACGAUCGGUCGAUGGAUGUAUUACAUCGACCAAUUCGACUUUGACCCGUGCCACAUUCCCGGUCCCGCCAAUCGAGCUGCGAACGCCCUCUCACAACGGCCCGAUUUUUGUGCCAUUGCGACCACGACAUUCGACCUCGAUGAUGAUCUGCAACCGCAUUUCGUCAAAGGCUACAAGUUCGAUCCGACUUACUCUACGCUUUACCCGGAGCUUUCAUCGGAUCACCCGCCGGCUAGCCACAAUCGGAUUUCCGACGAAUUCCUUCUCCUUCACACGAGAGGAAAUGACUUGUUAGUUAUACCCCAAAAUCGCAUUUUAUGGACUCGUCUUCUCGGCGAAUUCCAUGACGCACGACUUUUGGCACACCUUGGCGUAAACCGCACGUUAGCACGCCUCCGCCAAUGUUUUCACUGGCCCGACGUCCUUCAUGACGUCACGAGGUACAUUGAGUCAUGUGCAGUUUGCCACCGUAACAAGGGUCGAUCUCGAGUCCCCUUCGGCGAACUGAAACCGUUGCCGAUUCCUCGGGCACCGCGCCUCUCCAUUUCUAUGGACGUGAUAGGCCCGUUCCCCCACGAUCGCCUCGGCCAUGACGGUAUUCUCACGGUCAUUGACCGUUUGAGCAAGUAUCCUCGCUUCCUUCCUUUCAAGUAUCAUGCUGCAGCGCCUGAGCUCGCACGACUCUUGCACACCGGUUGGAUUACCAACCAGUGGGUACCGGACGACAUAGUGAGCAACCGAGAUAAUCGCUUCAUGUCGACCUUUUGGACUUCCCUUACGGCUGAGUCCGGCACGACAAUGAAGCCGAGCUUGGCUCGGCACCCGCAGACGGAUGGCCAGACGGAGCGAGCACACCAGACCGCUCAGAUGAUGUUGCGUACGCCCAUCCGUCCUGACCAGAAAGAUUGGGUUGACCGGCUUCCCGACAUCGAGUUCACCUAUAACACUUCGGUGCACCCGGCGAUCUGCGUCACACCAUUCGAGUUGCAUCAUGGCGGAGAGAAAGCACGGAUCUUCGUUGAUCUCCUUCUGCCACAGGCCGCCGACAUAGACGUCCCUUGCUCUCCCGCUUCCGUUCAGAAGUACCGGGACUUGCUGAUCAAAGCCCGCGCGAAUAUGCAAAAGGCUCAAAUCCGCAUGCAGCAGCAAGCUUACCGACGUCGACUUCCAUGUCCUUUCCACGAGGAAGACCUUGUUUGGGUCCUCUCCGAGGAAUUUGCGCUUGAGCAGGACGUUUUGCGCAAACUCCUUCCGAAAUGGUUCGAACCAUGGGAAGUCACUUCUGCCGUUGGAGACGACCCCGCAGGUCGUUCCUUUGUGGUCAACAUUCCUCCGCACCUUCCAGUGCACCGAGUCUUCCACGCGUCGAAGCUGGCCAUCUACACGUCACCUUCCGCCGACGAGUUUCCCGGCCGUCGAGCACAGGAUCCGCCUUCUAUGGACGGACAUCAGGAAGUGGACCGAGUCAUCACGCACCGCAAGUAUGGCAACAAACCAAUGCAGUUCAAAGUCACAUUCAAGCAAUGUGCGCCUGACGACACUCGGUGGAUCUCUAGUGCAGACUUGCAGACUUCUGCACCCCUUAUCUUCGCCGACUAUGAGAAGCGAUGCCUUGCCAAGGAAGCAGCUCGUCCCGCCCGACCCGCCCCGGUAUCGGACAGACAACUCCGCCCUUGCAGGUAGCUCGGUCUUUUAAGAGGGGGAGUGUGUUACAUCU